CAGGUGGGCAGUCGCGUCGGCCACGGACAGGCAGUCGCGCUCGUGCCGUGAACAGAGAAACAUGAGGCUGGUGGUGCUGCUCGUCUCGCUGGCGUUGGCUGCGGCCUCCCCGCAGCAGGGCAUCCUGGGUCGGAAGGUGGGGUCGGGCCAGGCCAACUCCCUGGGCACCGGAGGACCGCCGUGCGGCUCACGACAAUGUGACCCCGGAUAUAUUAAAUUUGGAGAAUUAUGCUACAAAUUGGCAUAUGCCGACUCUCCAUUAAACUAUAACCAGGCAAUAGCAGCCUGCAGAAGGGAAAAAGCCUUGCUGGCUUCUCCGAAGACGACAAAAGAGUAUGAGAAUCUUAGGGUAUUGGGCGAGGGCAUUACAGAAGCGCAAGACAUCCAAACACGGAGGGCAUUCAUUGGCAUGUUUUGCGGCGUCGACUGUGUCGAGCCGUCGCGCUGGCGGUACGCUGACGGCGAGCGAUGCACGAGCAACAUGUUCUGCGACUGGUCCGUCUCCAACACCAUCAACGAGUGGAACAGCAUCCCGAGCCUGGCCGGCGCGUCGGUGGCGGCGUUGCUGGACGGCAAAGAGCAGUUCCCGUACAAGAUUCAGGCGUUCCCGGGGGAUCACCGGCUGCAGUACUUUAUCUGCCAGAAGAGCGCCGACAAUUUGGAGGCGAGCAAGCCUAACAACCUGCGCGUCUCGGAGCUGGUCUCAUGGAUCCGGAUCACGUGGGACCGGCCGGCCUGCGAGGGCGAUCUCAGCUCCUACAUCAUGGUGGUUCUCGGCGGAACCACCAGCUACGACACCGAGAUCAAGUGUGACGAGCAGCAGUGCACGUACGACAUGAACCCGGCCGUCUGCGACUACUGCAUCAAGCCCAACGUCGACUACACGUUCUCAGUGGCCGCUGUACUGGAGGACUCGCAGCUGGGGCCGGCCGCCACCGUCAACCAGGCCGUCGACGUGGAGACGUGCCCCAACUUCGUGGCGCCGCUGCACACAACCACGCUGUGCCGGGGCGUCUCCGAGGUCAACGCCAACGGCGACUGCAACAACCAGGUGCUCUGGAGCAAGGGCUCUAUGUGCCAGGCCCAGUGCGAGGAGGGCUACGGAUUCUUCGACCCGCCGGCUAAGAAGUACUCGUGCGGCGCCGGCGGCCAGUGGAGUCCGGACAGCACGGCCCCCGAGUGCUACCAGAUCGUGCCGGUGUACUCUGCGAACCUGCAGUACAAGAUCACGUACCAGAGGGAGUCGAUUGAGUCGCUACAGCACCAGUUCGACGGCCUCGUCUACAAGUACAACGACAUCUUCUGCCCGUACCCGGAGGAGUGCGGUGUCUCCGACCUCUCCACCAAGGCAUCGCUGGACAACGACGGCCGCCCUCUGAUGGACGUGGUGCUCACCAUCGACACGCCCGUCUACAACAUCACCGACCAGGAGGGCUUCGUCGACAUCGUCAGCGAGGCGCUCAGCACCGUCACCGAGGACAACGCCUUCAUGACCCUCAUCGACUACGACAACAUUGAGCUGGUGCUGCCCAUCCGGCAGCGCAAGGGCAAGCGCAACAAGGCGAUGGCGUCGCUCUGCUGCCACAAGUGCCCGGAAGGCCACGCCUACCGGCUCGGACACUGCGUGAAAUGCCCGUCGCCGAACUGCAACUAAGCUACAAUUAGCUUCAAACAUCCUUCGCUGACGUCCUCCUGCUGGCGAGGGCACCUCCGGCUCAGGAGAGCUCUGAUCGACCGCGUUUCAGCGGAGUAAAAUUAAGCUCUGCUGCAUUGCCCUUCGACUCUGGGCGACAGCGAGCAGGGACGUGAGCUCCCGAGAGGGCCAGGAACUUGGCACCGAACGAACCGGCGUCUCGAGCGCUGGAUCGAGCAGUAGAUGUCGCGAGAGAGUUCAUUCCGUCUAGGGUAGACAUUCCAAAUUUCAGAGCGGCGCUGCGUGUUUGAAGUUUGUGAAUGCUGCGCGAAUGAUGUAGACAUGAGGUGAAAGCGCGAAUGCAAUAAUGUGUGAUUGCCACGCUAUGCUCAACGUUUUACUUGCUGAAGAACGAACGACUUCCUCGUUUCCAUCGCGACGCCAUCAUAUCUAUUUAUUGUUACCAUACUUUGUGAAUGGAGUAAUGGAAUUGUGGCCAUCAUACUCCUCUGCUGGAGUGGCGGACGAUCAAGUAUUCCCAUGAAGUAUAGCCUGCUGUUCGUUGUUGCUAGUUUCAUGACCUGUGCGCCCCGUGCAGCGUGUGUAAAUAUUGUGACCAAAUCACAAAAUAAACCCUAAAACCUGGC